AUGUUGUCAAGAGUGUUGAAGAAAGUGGAAUCUACCGAUACCUUUUGCAAGGAGACGAGAGAUGAAGUGAAAUCAAUGGGGCAAGUGGUAAGUUCUCACUCCACCUCCAUUAAACAAUUGGAGUCUCAACUUGGCCAAAUCUCGUCUAUCCUCAAUCAAAGGCAAAAAGGUACACUUCCAAGUGAUACGAUAGCGAACCUAGCAAAUGAUGAACACAAGUUGAAUGCUAUCACAACGAGGAGUGGUAAGCAAGUUGGGGAGGAGACCGUGUUGAAAAAGUAUGUUGUGGUUGAUGAUGAUUGGGUUGUUGGUGAACCAAUGGUUGUUGAAAAGCAAGUUGAGCCAACAAAGAAGAGGGUUACUUUUGAAGAGCCCAUUGUGGUAGAGAAGGGUCCCGAAAGUGGUAAAGCCACGGGAGAUGAGAAGUUGGAUGAUGAGGCACCUCAAACAAUGAAAACUAUUCCCAAGACUCCACCACCAUUCCCUCAAAGAUUAGCCAAAGAAGCGGAUGAUGGGAAAUUUCUCAAGUUCAUUGAAUGGUUGAAGGGGCUUUCAAUUAAUAUUCCAUUGGUCGAGGCACUUGAACAAAUGCCCGGUUAUGCAAAGUUCAUGAAGGAUCUAGUGAAAAAGAGAAGGAGCUCAAGCUUUGAAACCAUGGGAGGCACUCAUCAUUAUAGUGCAAUUGUUACCAAAGCUUUGGUCCAAAAGAAAGAAGAUCCCGGAGCCUUCAUAAUUUCAUGCACAGUCGGAAAAUACAAGUUUGCAAUAGCUCUAUGUGAUCUUGGAGCAAGCAUCAAUUUGAUGUCGCUUGCUAUAUUCAACAAGUUGGGUUUGGGCACUCCCCGUCCCACUACGAUGAGAUUACUUAUGGCGGAUAGAACCGUAAAGAGGCCCGUCGGCAUUCUUUAUGAUGUACUUGUGAGAGUGGACCGGUUUAUUUUUUUGGUCGAUUUUGUGAUCUUGGAUUGCGAAGUUGACUUUGAAGUGCCCAUAAUCUUGGGAAGACCAUUCUUAGCUACGGGGCAUGCCCUCGUGGAUAUGGAGAGAGGUGAUUUGAAAUUGAGAAUGAAUGAUGAAGUGGUCACCUUCCACAUUUGCAAAUUUAUGAAGCAACCGGCGAAUAUGAGUGUCGUAUCGGUUAUUGAUACCAUUGAUGAAGCCAUCGAAUCAACCGUAGAACAUGAACAUAUGGGUGAGAUGCUAGCGGUAGUCUUGAUGAAUUAUGAUAGGGAUGAUGAUGAAGAGUUUGAGGAGACGGCGAACGCUUUGAUUGGGUUGGGGUCAUAUCACUACAAUCCAAAGAAACUUGAUCUUGAUUUAGAGAACCGGGCAUCUCCUCCCGCAAAGCCCUCCAUUAUUGAGCCUCUUACUUUGGAAUUCAAACCUCUUCCUUCACAUUUGAUGGUGAUCUUGAGGAGAUAUAAGAAAGCUAUUGGUUGGUGUAUUGCGGAUAUCCAAGGGAUUCCGCCCGGCAUUUGUACUCACAAGAUCCAACUUGAUGAAGAGUGUGAACUAAGCAUCAAACAUCAAAGGAGGUUGAAUCCUCCUAUGCAAGAGGUAUUGAAGACCGAGAUCAUCAAGUGGUUGGAUGCUGGGGUUGUGUAUCCGAUAGCGUAUACCUCUUGGGUAAGUCCGGUCCAAUGUGUCCCCAAGAAGGGUGGAAUAACUGUGGUGCUAAAUGCUAAAAAUGAAUUGAUCCCUACACGCUCGGUCACCGGAUGGCGGGUAUGCAUGGAUUAUAGGAAGCUGAACAAAUGGACCAAAAAGGAUCACUUCCAAAUGCCUUUCAUGGAUCAAAUGCUUGAUAGGCCUGCAGGAAGAGAUUAUUAUUGCUUCCUUGAUGGUUAUUCCGGAUACAAUCAAAUCAAAAUUGCUCCCGAAGACCAGGAGUAA